GAUCCCAAACUGCUCAGGGUCCUUCGGACAGAUCACUGCAUGGCAAUGGCUUCAGACGCUCGGACCUCCUGGCUCCUCACCUUCGCCCUGCUCUGCCUGCUCUGGCCUCAGGAGGCUGGGGCUUUCCCCACCAUGCCCCUGUCCAGUCUGUUUGCCAAUGCCGUUCUCCGAGCCCAGCACCUGCACCAGCUGGCCGCUGACACCUACAAAGAGUUUGAGCGUGCCUACAUCCCCGAGGGACAGCGCUAUUCCAUCCAGAAUGCCCAGGCUGCAUUCUGCUUCUCGGAGACCAUCCCAGCCCCCACAGGCAAGGAGGAGGCUCAACAGAGAACCGACAUGGAACUGCUUCGCUUCUCGCUGCUGCUCAUCCAGUCGUGGCUGGGGCCCGUGCAGCUCCUCAGCAGGAUCUUCACCAACAGCCUGAUGUUCGGCACCUCCGACCGUGUCUAUGAGAAACUGAAGGACCUGGAAGAGGGCAUCCAGGCUCUGAUGCAGGAGCUGGAAGGGGGUAGUCCCCGAGUUGGGCAGCUCCUCAAGCAGACCUACGACAAGUUUGACACCAACAUGCGCAGCGAUGAUGCCCUGCUCAAAAACUACGGGCUGCUCUCCUGCUUCAAGAAGGACCUGCACAAGGCCGAGACCUACCUGCGGGUCAUGAAGUGUCGCCGCUUCGUGGAGAGCAGCUGUGCCUUCUAGCCGCACCGCAUGCUGCAGCGCGUCUGCUGUACUCUUCCCCCAGUACUCUUCCCUACGCCCAGGCAACUGCCACCCCUAUGCUUGGUCCUAAUAAAAUUAAGAUGC